GUGACACGUGAUUCCGCCCUGUUGAAACCGACAGAGCUCAGACAGAACUCCAGGUUGACCUUGCAGUUGAACGCUCACUAGACCAGAAGCUAAACACUGUAGAGAAAACAUGUCAGCCGCGGCGCGCUCAGUAUCCUCGUCAGGAUUCAGCAUAUCCAAAGAGCAUUUGGCGGUCGCCGUCCCCGUCGCAGUGGUCGCGGCUGUUGGGGGUUUCCUGGUCAGCCAUUACCUGAGCAGACGCUGCUGUAAGAAGGGCCAGGUGAACGCGUGCGUCGACAAAGACAGCCCCAAGGUGGUCCACAGCUUUGACAUGGAGGACAUCGGAACUAAGGCUGUUUACUGCCGCUGCUGGAAGUCUAAAAAGUUCCCUUACUGUGACGGAGCCCACACCAAACACAACGAGGAAACUGGGGACAACGUUGGACCACUCAUCAUCAAAAAGAAGGCUUAAAGCAGCCACGCGGAGAUCUCCGUCCACGCUUGACUCCUCACGCAGUUGCCCUGAGUUUAUCAUUUUUUAUUAUUGUGUGUUACAUUGGUGGUUACAGUGACACUGCUGCAGAUAGUGUAUAUUCAUUACAAAAACUGACAAAAUACAGAAAAUUUAGUUUAGAAAUAUAACACUGUAUUAGCAAACGUGACUUUGAAAUCAAAGGUUAUUGGAGGUGCGAUAAGGAAGGGACUUUGACAAUCAGCACGGUCAGACAUGGGGGUCAGGCCAUGCAGACACUCUGGCCUACUUAAAACACUCAGUCUCAGUAGACCUGAUAUAAGUGAAGCAUUUGAUAGUGCAGGCGUCGUGCAUUCACAUCUGCUGCCAUUCGUGUCGUCUUCUUUGUUGCCUGCUUUGUGUGUGGAGCAGGUGUUUAUAUCCUGAUGAGCCGGCGUCCCUUCAGCCUCAGUCAGCUCUUGAUUUCUCAUAUCCAUGCAGAACAGGCCUUAUAUUAAAAUCCAUAGCCCAGUGUCAACACAUACCCCACAAAUGAAUGUUGGUAUUUGCCCAAAGAGCUGCUGAUUCACAGAAAACAACUCUUGUUUGUCUUAAAAGGAAUCUUCUCCAUUCUUGAGCUACUGAAACAUGAUCUACUGUUUGUAACCAGUUACUCUGCUUUCUGAGAAAACCAGUCUUUUCAGGGGUGCGUAGCUUUUUCAUCAACUCUUGUUUUCUGCUGCCUGUGGUGUUUUGGACUUAAUGAUUCAUUGUUCUGGAUAUUGUGAAUAAAACAUGAAUGAAAUGGUU